AUCUAGCCUGAGUCUCGAGUCUGGAGUCGCGACGAUCGCAGAUCGCAGUCCGAAAUAAAAUCGCGAGAAAUUCACAAUUAAACAGCCAUAGCCAUGGUCAAGACAUCUGCCUGCCUGGGAAAUAGCAUCUUGCUAGGUCUUCUAGUAUUCCUAGUACUCGGAAUUUUCACAUUCACCGAGGCGGCCCCCUACCAGGAGUUGGAGCCCCGCAAAGGUCAUGUUCCCGUCUAUAUACGACAUGGCGAUGAGCCACUAAGUGAAAUCCAUUCCGGACUGGCCGAGGCCUUCAAGGAGGGACAGUCCAAGAGUUUGGUCACCGACGCGCCCCAGGCAGAAACUACGAACCCACCAGCCACAUCUGAUUCUCCUGCUCCAUCCAGCUCAACGGUUUCGGAUAUAGCCAGCUUUGAGACCAUCAAAGCGAUGUUGUCCGAAUAAUACAAUUGAAUAAUACAUUACAUAAAAGGCCUUGAGGUCUAGAGACAAAAUGAGAUGGAAAAUUUAAAUUAUUUUAAAACAAAAUAAAUACACUUACGAGAGAA